UCAAGGCACAGGAGGUCCGAACGAACAAACUGUGGACGCUUUCAAUAUCGACAGCUUCAUCAACUGCACAAUGAUCCAGGGCAGUCUAGAAUUCCUGGUGACUGGCAUCAAUGGUGAUGAAUAUAAAGGCAUCCCAGCCCUCGAUCCAGAAAAACUGAAAAUAUUCAACACAGUGCGGGAGAUUACAGGCCAUCUCUGCAUCCAGUCAUGGCCUAAAAACAUGUCUGACCUGUCGGUCUUCUCUAACCUCCAAACUAUUCAAGGCAGAUCACUUUACACAGGAGUGACGUUUCGAAGGGGCUACUCUCUUGUAGUGAUGAGGAGCAACUCCUUGACCUCUCUGGGGUUACGCUCACUACGAAAAAUAAACAGUGGCGACGUCUACAUCACAGGAAACAAGAAACUCUGCUUCCCUGACACUAUCAACUGGACACGCAUCCUAAGCAGCAGCUCCCACCAGAGGCAAAACAAAAUCAAGGGCAACCGAUCCAAAAAUCAGUGCGUAAGUGAAGGUCAGGUGUGUGACCCCCUGUGCUCCUCUGAUGGCUGCUGGGGUCCCGGGCCAAACCAGUGUCUGUCCUGUAAGAAAUACAGCAGGGGAGGAACGUGCGUGCCGGACUGCAUGUUCAUAUCAGGGGAGAGGCGAGAGUUUGCUUCUCGAUCAGGAGAGUGUAAACCCUGUCACCCCGAGUGUAAGGUCCAGGAGCAGAAGGAGACCUGCACAGGCCCGGGGGCAGAUCAGUGUGUUGCAUGUGCCAGCUUGCAGGACGGCCCGCACUGCGUCUCCUCGUGUCCUGAGGGCGUGAUGGGAGGGGAGGGGGUCAUCUUUAAAUAUCCCAACAAGCAAGGCAGCUGUGAGCCAUGCCACGUCAACUGUACCCAAGGGUGCUUCGGUCCACGAAUUGCAGACUGUGGAGUGUCUUCGCGUUAUAUUUCUGGACAAGCGACCACAGCCAUUGUACUGGGAGUGAUUGCCCUCAUCUUCGCGUCAUUCUCUAUCUUUGUGCUGACUGUUCUGUACCGCCGAGGUAUCGCCAUUCGUCGCAAGCGAGCCAUGAGGAGAUACAUGGAGAGUGGAGAGAGUUUCGAGCCCUUGGAGCCUGGAGAGAAAGGAGCUAAAGUCCAUGUGCGGACCCUGAAGCCAACAGAGCUGCGUAAGAUCAAGCUGCUGGGUAACGGAGUGUUCGGAUCAGUCCAUAAGGGUAUUUGGAUUCCUGAGGGGGAUACAGUGAAGCUCCCUGUGGCCAUUAAGACGAUUCAUGAUCGCAUGGGUCGACAGACCUUCUAUGAGCUGACAGAUCACAUGUUGACGAUGGGAAGCUUGAACCACAUUAACGUUGUCAGGAUCCUCGGUAUCUGCCCUGGGGCCAGCCUACAACUCGUCAGCCAGCUCAGCAGCCAGGGCUCCCUGCUGGAGCACGUCAAGAACCGCAAGAACAACCUCAGCCCGCAGAGGCUGCUCAACUGGUGUGUUCAAAUCGCAAAGGGUAUGUAUUACCUGGAGGAAAACAGGUUGGUCCACAGGAACCUCGCUGCCAGAAAUGUGCUCCUGAAGAGCAAUUUCACCAUCCAUAUCUCCGACUACGGCAUCGCAGACCUGCUGUAUCCUGAUGACAAGAAGUACUUUUACAAUGAGGUCAAGACUCCAAUCAAAUGGAUGGCCUUGGAGAGCAUCUUGUUUCGCAGAUACACACACCAGAGUGAUGUCUGGAGUUAUGGUGUCACAAUAUGGGAGAUGAUGUCUUAUGGGGCAGAGCCGUACACAGCAAUGCGUCCACAGGAAGUUCCAGAUCUGCUGGAAAAGGGCGAGCGUCUCUCUCAGCCUCAGAUUUGCACCAUUGAUGUCUACAUGGUCAUGGUCAAGUGUUGGAUGAUUGACGAGAAUGUACGUCCAACCUUCAAAGAGCUGGCCAAUGAAUUUACCAGAAUGGCCAGAGACCCGCCCCGCUACCUGGUGAUCAAAGAGGAAUGCAGUCAACAGGACUCGCCCCUGGAUGAAGUUGCUCACUGGAGUGCAGACCUGGACGAUCUGGAUGAUCUAGACAUCGAGCUGAAGGUCCAAGAUGGAGAGGAUUUCAUGGAUGGCAUGACACCAGCAUCACAGUCCAGAAGCCUCAGUCACCGCUCCAGGGUGGACACUCACAGAGUCACUCUUAAUUCAUCAAGUGCAGCUGGAUAUUUGCCUAUGACCCCAGGUUUUGACAACCCAGGACAGGCAAUGUGGCAGUCACGCUCUCGUCUUAACUCAGCCCGCACUGUGUCCGAAAGCUCGGAGGGCUGCAGCACAGCAGUGGAGCUGGAGAUGAGUGAGGACUUUCCUCUGGCAGGGAGCCUGAAAAGAAGACGCAAUCGUGAGGACAGUGCUUACAUGUCGCAAAGGGACAGUAUGUCCGGGGAUCCACAGGAGACUCCGUCCCCAGAAAUUGAGGAAGAAGACCAGAAUGGAUAUGUCCUUCCUGGAGACAGCCCCGAAAGAGAUAAUCUACUUUCUUCAUCUCGAGCCACUUCUGGCAGGAUGGGCAAGUCUCAUUCAUCAGGCCUCUUAGAUGACCCAGACGAUGAGGAAUAUGAGUAUAUGAACAAGCAGACGCCUGUCUUACAAAGGCAAAAUAGCCACUGGCUGAAACCAAACAAGAAACGAACUUCCUCCGUAUCAUCACAAGCGACAGCGUGCUCAAGUGAAACCACACUUUCUCUGGAAGUCAGGGGAGCUCACACGAGGAGCAAGGACAACUCUGAAUCAGAGCAGCAGGGUUCUAACAAGGUUCAGUAUGAAUACAUGGACAUCAGAGGUAGUGACAGAGAGGAGAGCCGUCCAGCACAUGAACCUCCUCCUCCUCCAAUACCAACGAGGCUUGGGGGGAAGGUGGAGGAUGAAGAGGAGAAAGAAGAAGAGGAAGAGGAGGAGGAUGAAUACCUGGAGGACAGUAACUAUCAUUACACCAACAGACAGCCAAAGCUGCGGCAGGCUCUUAAUGACAGGAAGGAGCUGCAGGAGAGGGAAAACGGCGAGGCGUAUGAAUACGAGGACAUGGACUGCUUCGCUGCCCUGCAGCCUGGAGAUGUAGUAGUGUACCAGAAUGUGCAGAGGGAAGGGGAUGGAGCAGUGGGCGGCACAGAGGGGAAUCGAUCUGAGUUUGAGCCUUAUGUAAAGGUGCGAGCUGGAGUCAUGCCUGGGGAACCUGCAGCCGGCGACAGAUCUUUUGACAAUCCUGAUUACUGGCACAGUAGAAUCUUCCUGAAGCCCAAAGCAGUGCCAUCAUGAGGAACAUUUUAAAUGCCAUCAACUUCCCUCUGAGAUGUAUUCAUGAAGGACCUGAAACAGGAAAUGCAAUCAGAAGCCAUGUUCACACUGUCACCUCAAACACCAUUUAAAAAACCCAGCACAUGUGGCUUUAUUGUCUGUUACUGUAUACAUUCUAUGUUGUAUGUAGGCCUUUGAUUUGGGGGCAUUUCCAGAAGUGAUGUAAUAGCACUGAUUGUUGAAACAAAAAUGAACAGAUUACAAGCUAUAUUUCUCUGUUUACAUUUGGAAAUGAACAAAGUAUGUUUUUUAAGAGCAAAUGUUGAUUUCAUUUUCCUGUGUUAUAAGACCUCUGUGUGUGAUUAUAUGUGAAUUUUCUAGUCAAUAAAAAUACUUUUCUGUACUGAAAUUUGAAGCAAUAACU